CUCCCCUAUCAUAAGUGGAUCGAAAGCCUGCUUAUCGUGCUGAUCCUUUGAGUGAUAGUAAUGCGUCGCCAAGUGACCCAGAGAUAGCUGACUCGUCUUUGUCGUGGGUCAUGCUUGCUUUUUGCUGAUUGGGUCCGGCUGAUAAAUAGAUCGGGUGUCUGCUCGUCCACCGUCGGCGAGAGCCGUACUACGGAGGAGCUCCCCUUCGGUACCUCGAACGAUAAACUGGUCGCGAGGAUGAUGUUUUCUGCAAUUUCCAAGAUCUGCGCCCUGCUGGGAGCUGGCGCGCUCCCCAUGUGCGCCGGAUACGUCGCCCAGCCUCGCAGCAAUCAAAAAAGCGACGAUCUUUGCACCGAAACAACGAUAGCUAUCUUGGGUGGCGGCAUGGCCGGUGUCUCGGCAGCACAAGCGCUAAAAGAUGCAUCCAUUACCGAUUUCUUUCUCCUCGAAUCCCGAGACACUUUAGGCGGGCGGGUAUGGCACACAGACUUCGGUCAAGACAGGGAGGGAAAACCGUACACAAUAGAGCUUGGCGCAAAUUGGGUGCAUGGGAUAGGAUCACAUACCACCGAGAACCCCCUUUGGACUCUAGCAGAAAAAUACAACAUCAGCAACACGCACACGACCUACCGCUCUAUUCGAACAUACAAUGAAACCGGGUACACCGAUUAUAGACAUCUACUAGAUGCCUACAGUUCUGCAUACGUAACUGCUGCCCAGGCGGCGGGACGAAUCUUGACGUCCAACCUCCAAGACCAAACAGCCCGCUCGGGACUGGCCCUCGCCGGCUGGCAGCCGCAGAAACAUGAUAUGGCGGCGCAGGCAGUGGAAUGGUGGAACUGGGACUUUGAAGACGCGUCGACGCCCGAAACGAGCUCUUUCGCGUUUGGCAUCGCGGGCGAGAAUCUUACUUUUCACCAGUUUGGACCGCGAAACAACAUGGUCACAGACCCCCGCGGGUAUCGUACAAUCAUCGAGCGCGAAGCGUCAGCGCUCUUUCCAUCGGGUCUGCAAGACCAUCGCAUAUGGCUCGAUUCCCAUGUCACUGACAUUGAGUAUUCCCCCAAAAAGGUGACUGUGCGCACGAAGGACGGGAGCUGCGUGCGUGCGGACUAUGUCAUCUGUACUUUUUCUCUGGGUGUGUUGCAAGACCACGGUGCCGUCCAGUUCGACCCCCCGCUACCGGAAUGGAAGCAGACUGCUAUCCAUAAGUUCACCAUGGGCACCUACACCAAGAUAUUCAUGCAAUUUGAUGAGACAUUUUGGUCAACGGAUACUUUGUUCUUCCUGUACGCCUCGCCUACCACGAGAGGGUACUACCCGGUAUUCCAGUCACUGACAGGAGACGGAUUCCUUCCGGGCUCCAACAUCCUCUUCGUCACCGUCGUGGGCGAAGAAGCCUAUCGGGUCGAGCGACAAACAGACGACGAGACGAAAGAGGAGAUUCUCGCCAUUCUCCGCGAGAUGUUCCCGGACCGUGAGAUUCCCGAACCAAUAGCGUUCACGUAUCCACGUUGGUCGAGGGAGCCAUGGGCGUAUGGCAGCUAUUCCAACUGGCCCGCUGGCACAACCCUUGAGAUGCACCAGAACUUGCGCGCAAAUGUGGACCGGCUGUGGUUCGCGGGCGAGGCCACCAGCGCCCCAUAUUUUGGGUUCUUGCACGGGGCUUUAUUCGAGGGUCGCGAAGCUGGAGAGCAUGUCGCAGCCUUAGUACAGAAGCGCUGUAUGAUGCUUGACGGGACGAAGUUCUGCGGCGAUAGGAAACACUAUGAGCAUCUUCAUGGUACGACGCCGUCAGAUUCGUUUUCUGCAGAGAACGGAUGGCCCGUGAGUGGUAUGGAGUUGUAGUUUCCUUUUCACCUGGGGCGAACUGCAUAUUUGAUUGGGCGUUUGGGAGGUAGGUCUAUUUGCAGAUAUGAGAUUGCUUACACUGUCUGCGUUAUUUUCGGGUCUUUGGAGCAUGGGUGUUGCUGGGGAUAGAUAGCCGGAGAAGAUUUUGCAUUGUGUUGGAUCUUUGGUCGCAGGGACGGGGAUGUCUUGAUAUUCCAUGCCAUCUCUCGG